AGAUGAUUCCAGUGGACACCAGAAUGAGAGUCAUGGAUCUACCCAUGCCACAGUUGUUAGACCUGGGCCUAAAGCCAUCAGUGCCCUGGUGGAAGGAGUUACCAUUUUACAUCAGUUUCCAUUUUCCUCAGCCCUGCAAAGAAUGUCUGUCAUUGCUCAGGAAAUUGGUGGGGAGAAAGAGGUCUUCACAAAAGGGGCUCCAGAAAUGGUAGCCAUGUUAUGUAGAGCAGAAACAGUGCCCCCAAACUUCGAAAGCAAGCUUCUGCUCUACACAGCACAGGGCUUUAGGGUCAUUGGGCUGGCGAGUAAACCUCUACCAGCAGGGAAGCGAUCUUCUGACCUAACAAGGGAGGAGGUAGAAUCUGAUCUGACAUUCCUGGGUCUGCUGAUCAUGGAGAAUCGAUUAAAGAAGGAGACAAAGCCUGUCCUGGAAGAGCUCAGUGCUGCCCGCAUCAGGAGUGUGAUGGUCACAGGUGACAAUAUUCAGACAGCUGUAACUGUUGCCAAAAAUGCUGGGAUGAUAUCUCCAACAAACAGAGUGAUUCUUGUGGAAGCAAAGAAAAUACCUGGAUCUUUAUCAGCAUCUAUAACCUGGAAACCACUAGAAGAAAACAAAACUGAAGAUUACAGAAGCCUGGAGGAUGACAGGCAGACCGACCGAGGAGUCAGGCUGGCCUUGGGACCAGCCCGGUAUCAUUUUGCCAUGAAUGGAAAAUCUUACCAAAUUGUAGCACAGCAUUUCAGGCACUUACUUCCAAAGCUCCUGCUGCAUGGCACAGUUUUUGCUAGAAUGUCUCCUGGUCAGAAAUCCAGCCUUGUAGAAGAGUUUCAAAAGCUGGAUUACUUUGUGGGCAUGUGUGGAGAUGGAGCAAAUGACUGUGGGGCUUUGAAAGUGGCGCAUGCAGGGAUAUCCCUGUCAGAGCAGGAGGCGUCUGUGGCUUCACCUUUCACCUCCCGAACCCCCAGCAUAGCCUGUGUGCCAGAGCUGAUCAGGGAAGGCCGUGCUGCCCUUGUCACUUCCUUCUGCAUGUUCAAGUACAUGGCAUUAUACAGCACCAUUCAGUACCUUGGUGUUCUCCUGCUGUACUGGCAGCUAAACUCCUUUGGGAAUUACCAAUUUUUGUUCCAAGAUCUGGCUAUUACCACUGUAAUUGGUGUGACAAUGAGUUUCACAGGUGCCUACCCAAAGCUGGUUCCCUACAGGCCUCCUAGCCAACUCAUCUCACCCCCGCUGCUGCUCUCAGUUGUACUUAACAUCCUCUUCAGCCUCAGCAUGCAGAUUUUUGGGUUUGUGGUGGUCCAGGAGCAGCCUUGGUACGGCAAGACCGAUAUACACGGCGCCUGCCUCUCAAAGAACAGCCACAUGGAGAAUUCUUCCUCUGUGUCCAGCCUGGGGCUCAAUGGGAUGAGAGACGAAGACGAUGGGCAAAUGGACAAUGGCUACAAGAGCUAUGAAAACACCACAGUGUGGCUGCUGAGUACCAUCAACUGCCUCAUCGUGGCACUAGUGUUUUCCAAGGGAAAGCCUUUCAGGCAACCCAUCUACACAAACUAUGUGUUUGUACUGGUGCUGAUAGUGCAGCUGGGCGUUUGCCUUUUCUUGAUGUUUGCCGAUAUUGAUGGUCUCUACUCUAUAAUGGACCUCGUUUGUACCCCUUCCACGUGGCGGAUCUCCAUGGUGAUAAUGCUUGCAGUCACAUUUGCUGUGUCCUUCCUUGUUGAGGAAGCUGUCAUCGAGAACAGACGCCUGUGGCUGUUCCUGAAAAAGACCUUCCAGUACCACUCAAAGAGUCAUUACAAGAGGCUGCGGCGAGUGGUAGAGCAGGACUCGGCCUGGCCACCUCUGCACAAAACCUUCUUCUCAGAUUCUGUGGCAGUAUCAGUAGAGGGAAAUAUGGGAGGCCAUAGCAAUCCAAUAUUUGACAGCAGUGAGGACACACUCUGAGGGAAACUGCAGAGGACACAUGUCCAGAACUGCUGC